AGGAAUAAUUGAUGGCAAUAAUUAUAUAGUAAAUGACUCUGUUCACUUUGGUUGCCUGGAUAUUGGUUGUGAAAAAUUUCCAUUCAUUCGCAAUUCAUUUGUUGAAUGUUGUCUUAAAUUUCAAGCAUUGUCUCGAUUACAUAAUAUUCAUUAAUAUUCAUCUCAUUAAUCGUCUCAUUGUUUUACUGAAACACAUUCCCAAUGCAAUCGCUUUCGUUAUCACCGGUUAUAACAGUUUUAAACGACAGUUUGACUGCAAAUUACAAUACAAACGAUGGAAGACACUUGAAUGGCGGUGACAUCAGUGUUGUAGUCAUCUAUUUCGCACUCGUAUUGGCCACCGGCUUCUAUGCUAUGUAUAAAUCCAAUAGAGGAACUAUAAGCGGAUAUUUUCUCGCCGGAAGAUAUAUGGUUUGGCUUCCGGUGGGCGCAUCAGUGUUUGCAUCAAAUAUAGGAUCUGAGCAUUUUAUUGGAUUAGCCGGGUCAGGAGCUGCUUCUGGGUUAGGAGUCGGAGCUUUUGAGUUCAAUGUUAAUCUGUAUUCGGGCGGUAUAUUCAUUCAGCAGGCGUUGGGUUGGGAUCUGUAUUUCAGUGUGAUUUUGUUAUUAGUGAUUACAUCUAUCUGUACAGUCACUGGUAUUAUAGAAGUGGGAGGUUUGGGUGGUUUGAGAGAUAAAUAUUUAAAAGCGAUUCCGGCAUCGAUUCCGUCCCAUAAGUACGAGUGUGCGAUCCCUAAAGAGCACUCUUUCCAAAUGCUCAGACCAUUGGACGAUCCGGACAUGCCUUGGCUCGGCUUCAUUCUCGGACAAACACCCGCUUCUAUUUGGUAUUGGUGCGCCGACCAAAUGAUGGUCCAAAGGCUAUUGGCGGCCAAAUCGUUAUCCCACGCACAGGGAGGCACUCUCUUUGCGGGAUUUCUUAAGAUAUUUCCAUUAUUUUUGAUAAUAAUUCCCGGAAUGAUUAGUCGGGUAUUGUAUACCGAAGAGGUUGCCUGCGUUGACCCAAACAAGUGUAUGCAAUACUGCAAUAGUCCGGUCAGUUGUUACAAUACAGCGUAU